AUUAGAAAUUUAAUCCGAAAUAUGGAUAACCCACCGAGCAAUCGGUUACGAAAAAUUGCGGCUGGUUUUAUCUUUUUAAUGGUGUUCGGAAUUUUACACACUUGGGUAAUAUUUCCGCCGAUUCUUAGAGCUAUACUUCGAAGCCAAGUCGUUCUCAAAAAUGGUACGCAAAUGCGUGAUAUGUACAAUGCUCUACCCUUCCCGUUGAUAUUCAAAGUACACCUUUUCAAUGUCCUCAAUCCGGAUGAAGUUAUGAAAGGUGCAAAACCCAAGCUACAAGAAGUUGGGCCUUAUGUUUUCGAAGAAUGGAAAAUCAAAGUUGAUCAAGUGGAAGAUCUUGCAGACGACACAAUCGAAUUCACUGCAAUAAAUCAUUUCAUCUUUAAUCAAACGUUAUCCAAUGGACUGACUGGGGACGAAGAGAUAACGGUUAUCAAUCCAUUAUUGACGUCGUUAGCACUUUCGAUCAACAGGGACAGAGCUCCAAUGUUAGAAAUGAUUUCAAAAGCAAUCAACGAUAUUUUUCACGAGCCGAAGACAGCUUUCUGGACUGGCAGAGCGAUGGACUUGUUAUAUGACGGCUUUGAUGUAGAUUGCACCUCAGAAGAUUUUAAUUCGAAAACAGUUUGCUCUGUAUUCGAUACUGGUGAAGUUAAGGCUGUAUCUCCGAAAGAUGGCGUCGAAAAUGUGUUUCGAUUUUCACUGUUUCAGGCGGCAAAUGGAACCGAAGCCGGUCGAUAUAAGACGUUCCGAGGUGUGAAAAACAUUUUAAAUUUGGGAAAGGUUAUCGAAUUCAAUGGAGAACCGGAACUUGACAUUUGGGACGGUGAUGAGUGCAACGAACUUCGUGGAACAGAGUCGUCCAUAUUUCCUCCAUUUGGGGUGAAAGAAGACGGAAUUUGGGUCUUCGAAGCUGGCAUAUGUCGUUCGAUGCAAUUGAAAUACGCGAAACCGACGAAAUAUCACGGAAUUCCAACGCUUCGAUUUCUUGCUGAUUUUGGUGACAGUGCAGUAGAUGAAUCGAUGUACUGUUUUUGCAGCAACAAUAAAUGCCCACCGAAAGGAACCUUAGAUCUUUACCCAUGCACCGAGUUACCAAUCGUUGCAUCGAUGCCACAUUUUUGCAAUGGCGAUCCAGCAUUGUUUGAGAAGAUCGAAUCUGAACUGAAACCCGACAAGGAAAAACAUCUCAACUUUAUAGAUUUCGAAAUUAUCUCCGGCACGCCAAUGUCUGCCGCAAAAAGGAUACAAUUGAACAUCGAUUUGGUGCCGCUACAGGAAAUCGAAGUAAUGAAAGAACUUCCUGAGAUGUUAUUUCCGUUGCUAUGGUUAGAAGAGGGUGCAGACCUUAACAAGACAUUUGUUAACAUGCUGAAGUAUCAACUCUUUCUGGGCUUAAAAUUUCAGACGGCUGUGAAAUGGUUAACGCUACUCAUAGGUCCGAUCGGUGCAGUAAUUGCUAUGUAUGGAGACUAUAAGAUACGUCAUGUCGGUGAGAUCACCAAAGGCGUAAAAGUUGCACAGGGGAAAGUUACAUCUAACGACAAUGAAAUUGCAUCCAAAGCUUUUAGUGCGGCGAUUGAAAAAUCGGAACAAUCGAGCGUAAAGGAACGAUAUACAUUAAACAUGCAGCCAGACAAAGACCACGAGUUGUCUCUACAAUCUAUUUUUGGAGAGAUAAAUUUUAAAAAGUAUUCAGCAAUCUUCGGUGGCGUGUUCCUAUUUGGCAUUUUGUUCGGUUAUGCUCUUUUCCCGUCCCUAUUCAAAGGAUUGAUAGCGAAGAAAAUUGGUCUGAAACCUGGUACGGAAAUUCGGGAACUUUAUACCAAAGUUCCUUUUCCGAUUGACUUUCGAAUGUACAUUUUCAACAUAACAAACAAAGACGAAGUCACGAAGGGGGCUAAGCCAAUGCUCCAAGAAAUCGGUCCCUAUUAUUUUGAGGAAUGGAAAGAAAAAUUCGAUAUGACUGACAACGAAGAAGACGACACGCUCACAUUCAACAUGAAAAAUACGUUCAUUUUCCGACCAGACUUAUCCAGAAAAGGGCUCAAUGGUAACGAAAUUAUAACUACUGUUCAUUCACUGAUAAUGGGAAUGGCAUUAGCUACUAACGUUGACAAGAAACCAAUGCUACCACUAGUAAGUAAAGCCAUAGACGGCAUCUUUCAUAACCCAACCGAUCCAUUUUGGACGGGGCGAGUGAUGGACUAUUUAUUCGAUGGCAUAGAAAUCGAUUGUACGUCGGAAGAAUUUGAGGCCAAGGCAACUUGUUCAGUAUUUGGUUCUGGCGAAGUGAAGGCUAUCCAACCAACUGACCGGGAAAAUAUUUACAAAUUCUCAAUAUUCGGAGCCGUAAACGGAAGUGGAAUCGGUAUGUACAAAGUCUUUCGUGGUAUUAAGAAUUUCCGUGACGUUGGGCGGGUUAUUACCUUCAACGACGAAACGGAAAUGGAUGUUUGGGGCGGCGACGAAUGUAAUAACUACAAAGGUACCGAUUCGACAAUUUUUCCCCCAGGAUUAAAGAAAGAGGAUGGUUUAUGGGCCUACGAGCCGAGCUUGUGCUUGUCGAUCGGAGCUCACUAUGAAAGAGACUCCAACUUUCAAGGUAUCCCAGCUAUCCGUUUCGGUUUAGACUUUGGUGAUGCUAGAAAGAACGAGAAACUGCAAUGUUAUUGCUUAGAUCCACCACAUGAUUGUCCAAGGCCAGGAACACUGAACAUGUUUCAAUGUGUUGGAGCUCCUAUCGUAGUAAGCAUGCCCCACUUCUUGAACGCUGAUCCAUCUCUUCUUUACAAAAUCCAAUCAGGAUUGGCACCAAAUGCGUCUGAACAUGCAGUUUACAUUGAUUUUGAGACGAUUACUGGGAGUCCAGUCAAUGCUGCCAAACGUUUACAAUUCAAUCUAGAUAUCGUGCCAGUGCCAGAGGUUGAAUGUAUGAAAAAAUUGCCAGAAGUUGUUAUGCCAUUAUUUUGGGUUGAAGAAAGUGCAGCACUGAACAAAACCUAUGUCAACAUACUGAAAUACCGACUGUUCUUAGUGUUAAGAAUUGUGGGCCUGAUUAAAUGGCUAUGCAUCUUAAUUGGCGGUUUCGGUACAGGAUUUUCAGCGUAUAUGCACUUCAAAAAUCAGAACAUAGUUACAGUAACACCAAUAACAAAAGUGGAAAAAAAGGACGGUGAUGCUGAAAGUGUCAACAAUAAAGUUACAGUGCAUGAGACCCUCGAUCCCACUAAGCUAAUGAAUAAAAAUGAAAUUAAAAAAUAAAAUUCA